AUGAGCGAGGCGAACAGAGGUGGUAGCCAAAAGGAGGGAGGAAAAAACGACGGCGUGUCAUUCAGCACUUCAGGAAAGGGUGGCAAUGUGUAUGAAGCAAGUCCAAAGGAAGGAAACAAGUACCUGUAUAAUAAUUCCACUUAUGGAGGGUACGGCCCUCCAGGAAGUGGGCUAAGUAGUCUACAGAAUUUUGGCGCAUUGAAUAAUUCCCACAGUGGUUAUCCAAAUGGUUAUCAAAAUAGCUACGCAGGUGGAGGUUAUCAAAAUAUGGCUUACCAAAUGGGUGGGUACCAAGGGGGUGGCAACUCCUUUGGAAGUUACGCAAACUAUCAGAGCGGUAACUACGUUUACAGUAAAAGUGAGAAUUAUUUCUCUAAUUUUAACUGCUGCGGAGAUAGCACAAGUUACAGUCACGUGAAGGAUUGUACCAACAUGAGGGGUGGAGGUAAAGCAAACAACAGUAGUGCUAUGUCCAAAGAGGUCCAUGAAGAGGAGGCGAAGAAGAAUGACAAGGAUAUGGACCCACCAUCUAGUAACGUAAAUAACGAUGAUAAGUAUGUAGAGAUGUACAUCAAUAAGGUGAAGGAGAUAUACUACUUCCACGUGUUUUAUCAUUAUCUAAAAUUAGGGUACCCAGAAAAGGAAGCCUCCAUGGAAUCGAAAAAGUACAUUUUUAUAACGUUAAGUAGGUACUUCCUGUUAGUUAAAAAUGCUAUUUUGUCGUCAAAAGAAUCAAUUAAACAGAUAAAUAAUUGUGUCUCUUCAAAUUUGUCCUAUUAUCAACAAGAGACAAAUCUCCAAGAAUUUCUACUUAAUCAGAAGGUAAAUUUACAGAGUAUGAAUUUGGGAUCGUUAAAUAUUGGGAAUAUUAAUUUGCCCCUAAGUGACCAUGAGAAGUUGGGCGAUUUGUCUAAACUGAACUCUGGUGAGGUUGAUAGUGCGGAACACCAUAUGAGCGGCACCGUAGAAGGGAGUAACUCUGCAAACAGUGGUGUUAAGGCGAAGCAAGGGAAUGACUCCACUGACAUGGAGGGUGGAGCCAACCAAAACGAUGUCUACAAUUUUAAAGUGGAAAAAAUUAACAAUAUGAUUGACUCGAUUGAAGAGAUGAAGAAGUUAAACAAGAGUAAAAAAAUGAAUAAUUACACUUAUGAUGAACAGAGCAGUGGAACCGGUGGAGAGCCUAACAAUGGCAUAAUUAACGGCAGUAAAAAUAGCAACGAUUAUCCCUUUAAUUAUGAGGCGAAAAAGAAAAUAAGCUUUACCUUGAACAAAUCGAAAAAUAAAUUAUUUCAAAUGUAUGGCAGGGCUGGUAAUGACCCUAGCCGCAGGACUGCCAAUCAUGAAGUGGCCGAUGGUAGGCGUUUAGGUGGUGAGGAUAGGAACAAUGAUCGGAAGGUGCAGACUGGUUUGUAUCCCCCCAGUGCAGUUAUGAUGAAGGAUCCAAGUCACGUUGCAGGAAACAACUUUGUUCAUAUGUUCCCGUAUGAUCAGCAGCGCGUUCGUAAUGAUGCGAGUAGCCCCUUCAGCGGUGAUGCCACAGGCAGGAAUGACAUCACCGAGGGGAUUCCGAUAAACCAGGGCCCCAUGGGGUAUGCCAACGGAGCAAGAGGAAAUAACGCACACGAUGGAUUAAACCACGACGUGGUUGCCAGUUACGCAGGUGGAGACGAGACAAGAGGAAGCAACAAUGACUAUCACCUUAGCAGUCAAGCGGUGAAAGCGAACGAUGAAAGUGAGCUCAGCAACAAGUACAAAAGGAAUGGUACAUCAGGCUUUAACAGUGUCAGCGGCAUGCCUCACGGAAGAGACAUUAACGGAAAUGAUCCGAAGUCGUAUGGCAAUACUCGUUACUCCUUGUAUGGCAGCGAGCGGGAGUCUCAUUUGUUCCCAAACGGAAUGAAUAUCAAAGCGAAUUAUGACACGAGCAGUAAUCGCCUUGGGGGAAUGGGUCAUCAGGGAGGGAACGGCAAGGAGCCGUUCGUGCCAGGCGUUGAGCAGAGGUAUGACGAGAAUCGUAGGGGGCACGAUGAAGGCAGCGACGUGGAGGAGCGGCAGCAAGUGGGGAAGCAUGAGAACAGGGAUCGCCGACUUUAUAAACAUGUUAACGACACAGGUCGCUCGACAAAUCAGAGCACCAUCAGGAAAGACGUGAGUGGCAGGUACAGAAUGCAUAAGGAUGGCAUUCGGGACGGCGAGGAGCUGGACAGGGGCAGUCGGGGUCUCUACAAGGAUGGGGGUUACGACCAGGAUAACCUCAGCAGUGACAACGUUGGCAGUGGUAACCUCGGCAGUGGCAUCCUCAGCAGCGGUAGUAGGUACCCGCAUGUUGCCAGGGCUCACAGGACAAGCGCGGAGGAGGAACCCUCCGAUGGACUGAAAAAGUGUGACACCUUUAAGAUGUAUAUAAAUAACAUACAGGAGGAAUUCAAGGAAGAAUGCAAGAACGCCAAUUUUGCAAGAAUGUUGAAAGAGUUCAUAAGCAGACUAGUAGCAUGGAACAGGAAGAGAGCUACGAACACGUGGUUUUGGAGGUUCAACGUGAUGCCAACGAAGGAGGAUAUCUUCUCCAUGGACAUGCUCUUUUUCACGCGUAGAAAAGCGAAAAAGCGGUACGCGAUGAACGACGAGGACAACGACAUGGAGUACGGCCUCAAUUUCAGUGACAAGAAGAAGAAGUUAAGCGCAGAGGAAAUCGAGAGUCGGGAUAGGAGAUUGGAGAAGUAUGGGAAUGUCUCCAAAGGGAAAAAGAAUGAACAGUCCGAUAACUCAUUUUACAUUGAUUACAACGGAGCGCAUGACGUGGAUCACAGUGAUUACAACACCCUGGAGAAGCUGCUUGACAAAUACAACUUCUCCAGCUGCUACAAGAAUAAGAAUUUUGUGGGUUCGUGUAAAAGCAUCCAGAAAUUUUUCUUCAGAUUGACGUCCCUCCCGGAACGGAAAAAUGUGAGAAACUUCUCCGUACUUAAGUGCACCUACGCAUACGUCCUGCAAAAGUACAACCAAGACAGGAACUAUAAGUAUAUCAACGAGCAGUUCAGAUCGAUGCGGCAAGACAUGAACAUCCAGAACAUUUUCCACGACGAUGUGGUCAAUAUAUACGAGACGAACAUCAGGAUCUGUAUCGUGAACAAUGACCUUUUCCAAUUCCUGCAGUGUAUCAACAAGCUGUUUGAGUUGUACCAGCGGCUGAACAUAAAGAAGUCCAAGGUCGAAUUCCUCUGCUACAAGCUCAUUUAUCUGACCCUUCAGAACAUGCACCAGGAGUUCCUCGUCGAAUACCUAACGCUGAGCGACGAGGAGAAGAAUCAUCAGAACGUGCAACUGUGUUACUACCUAAAUGAGUGCAUCAAGAAUAAGAUGUAUUUAGUAAACAUCAACAUGGUGGCUCCCUUAAACGAUGAGGCAAACCAUCUCUAUAUAUACAGGAGAGUAUUUAUUAAUAACCAUAUUUUGACUUAUCUACCUAAUCUGAUGGGAUUGAGCGAGAACCGAGAUUUGAGUGUCAACAUGGAUUUGCUAACCGAGUUCGUGAAACAGCACAGUGAAAUGAAAGCUGAGGAGGUGGAAGAAUGCCUCGAAGGUGGAGGUGAGAAGAAGGACGCUGUUAGGAUGCCCUAUCUGACCAAUUAUCUGAUCGUUUUGUUCCUGCCUAAGUACAGGCUCCUGGCACUGAUAAAUAUAUGCAUGACCAGUAUCAAGGUCGGCCUAUCCACCCUGACAAGACUGCUAAACUUCCAGAACGACGAAACAUGUCUGAGUUUCCUCGAAGAGGUAAACACUAUCAUGAAAAAUAACGAAGUGAUAAGUAAGCCCUCCCUGGACAACCUGAUGAAGUCGCCCUUAUUGAAGAAUAAGUACAUUAAUCAUAUCAGGUGA